GGCCGUUGUUUGAAUGGUCGUUAAAUUUCCCGCUGUUUCGCUGGUCGAUAAAUCGGUCGUUGUUGCUUUUGUUGCUACAGGUUGUUGUUGCUCCGUCGUAAUUGGUAGGUUGUUGCUUUUCGACGUUGUAACUGGAGGCGGAGGUGGCGGAGGUGGCGGCAGAAUACAUUCUAGUCCUGUAUUUCUGGAUUUUCAAUGAUCUUCGCACUAGACAUUUUGCAGCGUAAAUACCGCGAUAUUCUUUAUUAUUGUUAGAGAAAACUUGACGGCGCGCGAUAAUUACGGUGCGAUAAGAAAGCUCGUUUUCGUUCGCUUCACACUCACGAAUUAGUUUUCUCUCUGUAGUUUUACAUUUCGCACGAUUCGUUGGAACGUGGUAUCAUUACGAUUCAUGUAUUAUGUUUGACUGUCAAUUAUUCAAUGAAAUACAAAAGUUUGUGAGGUUAAUAGGCGAGUUUGACAAGCGACCCGACGACAUUACGCGAUAUUGAACUGUGAUGCAAGAUGGCUGCUAACACUACGUUCGUCGGUCGUGGACUAUCCAAAAUUAUUCGAAUUGCCACAGAAAAUAGAAUUUUUUAUGGCCAACUUAUUGAAAGUCGUUUAGUCUGGAAGGAUGGAGGAAAAGGCUGAACUUCUAGCAUGUCUCGAGGAAAAAAUAGAGAGUGGCAAAGCCACGAUAGACCGACUGAAACUUGUGACAAAGAUUGACGGGACUGAAAAACUUAUACGAAAGAUUCAACAAGAAAUUAGAUUUUUAGAAAAGGUGCAAUCUACAGAAAAUGUAAAGAAAGAACAUCUACAAAGUACAAAUUUGAUUCAUUUGAAUGCAAUCGUAGCACGACUUUUUUGUGCUAAUGAACCUACCAAUAUUAUGAAACCCUUUAAGUAUCAAAAGUCACGCUUAGAAGUAGAUAUUGUAUGUGAUGGUGGUGCAUCAUGGAUAAAGGUUAUCGCUAGAAAUGCUAGAGCUCUUACAAUGAUUUCAAUGGGUAAUGGAGAAUAUGGGCAAAAAUCUGUGCUUGAUCAAGCAACGAGUUACUUGGAAUGCGCAAAGUGUUAUCCACAUUUGUAUAGGCCACCUGAUAUUAUAUUCCAUUUUGCUUAUGGCAUAGAAAUUCCAUUAGCUACACGUUUGGCACACAUGGGAAUAAUCAUUGAAGGGGAUAAGAUACAGUGUGAAGAUGUAAAAAAUAUAGAUAUACAUGAUAGCGAGGACAGAUUUUCAACGUGGAUGCAUUCGUUAGAAUCUACUGAGGAACCUUUGGAUGAAUACAAAAAGAGCAUAAAGUCAAAUCUAGAAACUUUAAAUACAUUUUCCCUUAAAACUGAAAUAAAUGUUCUUAAUUUGGAUGUGUCAACUUUAUUAGCAUACGUGACAAAUAUGACCAAUGGAUAUGAUCAUUUUAUUUAUCGUGAGCCUUUACUCACACAACAAGCAGAAAUGGAGAGGAAAUGUCCAGUGAAACCAAUUUUAGAGAAUUUAUUCAAGGGAAAGGAACUGAUUGUCUGUCAAACUGCUUAUGAAAAUUUUAUGAACAUUAUAGAUGUUAUUGGUGGACCCAAAGAGACUUUUAGGGCAAAAGAAUUACUGAAUAAAGUUCAAAUUGUUAAAGAUAUAUCAACGGGCAGAAUAAUGGAAAAGCUUAAUCUGGGUGGUAAAAUUAAAGAUAGAUCUAGAUUGGUUUUUGCAACAGGGGAAGAUAUGAAAAGCAUUACAGUAUCAGCAAAUGAGGGAUUUGUUAGAGCAGCACGUAUGCAGGUAUAAGUAUUUAUACUAUAAAGUAUAACAGUUUCAAACAAUUCCAGUAAUAAAUUUUUUCAGGGUAUUGAAUGUACAGUCUUUCUGCAUGAACCUAGAUCUCUUUCAGAGAUUAAAGAAGGUUAUGCGACAAAAAUAGGUUCGUCUUGAUGCCAGUUAAAUACAUUUAGAUUAUUACAAAAGAAAUAUUCAGGCUACAUAAGAAAUAUACAGGCUACAUAAUGUUUACUAUUAGGCUUGAUAAUUAACGCGCAUGUCCAUACUUUCUUCAAAUUCUGUAAAAAAAAAUUAAGUAAAUUUAGUUUUAACAGAAAUGUUUCCAAUGUAAAAAAUGUUGAGUAUACCAUUAAUAAAUUUGUUGAAAUGUGGAUUUCUCUCUUUUGCUAACUGAAUAUAUUCUUUAUAUUUGAUUUCAUCUCCAAGUUGUUUAUAACACUUAGCACUAUUUAGGAGUGCUUUCAAGUUCGUAUUAUUAACUUUUAAUGCCCAUUCACAAUCGGCUAAGGCUUUUUCGAAUAAUCCAAGCUGAAUAUAUGACAAAGCUCUAUUAUUCCAUAACACGGUCGAAUCUUUUCGUUGUUCAAGUGCUUUACUGUAAUAUGUUACCGCUUUUUCGUAAUUUUUCUCCCUAAAUGCACCAUUACCAAUUGUUUUCAAUGUUUCUGCACGUUCGUUUCUAAUCUUUCGGUUCUCUGCUCUCUCUUUUGCAUCUUUUUCCACGCUUCUUAUGAACGCUUCUGUGUAAAUGUAAAAAAAUUUCAAUUAGUAUGAAAGUGCAGAAUACAAGGAUGAUUAUUCGGUACCUUUAGACAUUUGUUCCUCAGUAGAAUUUUCAUUGAUUGAACAUUUGUUAAUCACUGUACGAUUCAUUUUUAUUUUUAAUUCAGUAUCAUCGCAUAUAUUCUUUUCUGAUCGUUUCUCUAAAAUUUCGUCGGCCAAUAUUUGUCCUUGCUUUUGUUCUUCAGGAUUAGGAGAAGCCAACUUUUUCACAAUUUUUUCUUAAAAAAUUAGAAUAAAGCAAAGAUUACGUUCAUAAUCGAAAGAAAAUAAUACUUACCGACUUCAGUAACGCGAUGCAUGAAGUUCUGAAAUUCUUCUUCUGUUACAUGUUUAUCAAUUGUUGAGUCAUCCAUAAUUUGUUGGCCUUUUAUUAUCUUUUUGUUCAAAUUACUGUGAUCUGUGAUUGUCUGAUCCAUAUUCUAAAUAUUUUUUAAUAAAAAUAAUGAAAGGAGAUUGAGCUAAUCAUAGAAUUAGCUAAUCAAGAAUAA